AUGAGGGAAAUCGUUCACAUCCAGGUCGGGCGUUGCGGAAAUCAAAUAGGAUCUAAGUUCUGGGAGGUAAUAUCGGAUGAACACGGCAUAGAUCCGAAUGGUUGCUAUGCCGGAGAUUCUGAUCUACAACUCGAACGUAUCAACGUGUAUUACAACGAAGCAUCAGCUGGUAAAUACGUGCCUCGAGCUGUUCUGGUCGAUCUCGAACCUGGGACAAUGGAUUCAUUACGGGCUGGGCCGUACGGACAAAUUUUUCGUCCCGAUAACAUAGUUUUUGGAGUGUCAGGAGCUGGUAAUAAUUGGGCUAAAGGACAUUAUACAGAGGGAGCGGACUUACUCGAGUCGGUGUUGGAUGUUAUUAGGAAGGAAGCGGAAGGUUGUGACUGUCUUCAAGGUUUCGAACUGAUCCACUCGUUGGGAGGCGGUACUGGCUCAGGUUUAGGAACCUUAUUACUGAAUAAUUUAAGGGAAGAGUAUGCGGAUAGAAUUAUUUUAACGUUUUCUGUUGUCCCGAGCCCUAAAGUUUCUGAUACUGUCGUUGAGCCAUACAAUGCCACGUUGUCAUUGAACCAGCUGAUAGAAAAUUCCGAUCAGUCAUUUUGUAUAGACAAUGAAGCUUUGUACGAUAUUUGUUUCCGCACGUUGCGAUUACAGACACCCACAUACGGUGAUUUGAAUCAUUUGGUGUCGGCAACGAUGUCUGGUGUCACGACGUGUCUUCGUUUUCCCGGGCAAUUAAAUGCGGAUCUUCGAAAGCUUGCAGUCAAUAUGGUACCGUUCCCGAGGCUACACUUCUUCAUGCCGGGAUUCGCUCCGCUCACAGCCAGGGGCAGUCAGCAGUACAGAGCACUGACCGUACCAGAGCUCACUCUUCAGAUGUUCGACGCCAAGAACAUGAUGGCUGCCUGCGAUCCACGUCACGGACGAUAUCUCACUGUGGCUGCAGUGUUCCGCGGUCGGAUGUCAAUGAAAGAAGUCGACGAGCAAAUGCUUAAUAUACAGAACAAAAAUAAAGAUUACUUCGUGAAAUGGAUACCCAAUAACGUUAAGACCGCCGUAUGUGACAUCCCACCACGUGGAAUGAAGAUGUCUGCUACUUUUAUCGGCAAUACGACCGCCAUACAAGAGAUAUUCAAAAGAGUUUCAGAACAAUUCGCCUCCAUGUUUCGGAGGAAAGCUUUCAUACAUUGGUACACCGGCGAGGGUAUGGACGAAACUGACUUCACCGAAGCCGACAAUAACCUGAGCGAUCUUAUUUCAGAAUAUCAACAGUACCAAGACGCGACAACAGAAGAUCAAGAGUUUGAGGAAGAAGAGGACGAAGCUGCACCGAAUGAUGAGAGUGACGAAUAA